CUCUCCACGGUCCAGCUCUCCAUGGCCAUUCCUCCGGAGAUAGGCUCCAUGAUGGGUCUCGAGGCUCUUUCGCUGGCGGGGAGCUCACUUAUGGGACAGUUGCCGACGAACAUCAGCAACCUCGUUAGCCUGCGGCAUUUGGACCUGUCGAGCAAUCCCCUCGGCAUAAGAAUCCCCACAAGCUUGUGUGACUUACAGAACCUUGAGCACCUCUCGCUCAAUCACUCCCAGUUUCACGGUGCCGUUCCGCAGUGCUUCGGCACCGCAAUGCCGAACCUGACGUUCCUGGAUAUGUCAGCCAACAAUCUCUUAGGAGUGCCAUCGUUUGCAAACUUGACGCAGCUGAAGUACCUGAACUUGAGCAGCAACAUCUUCAGCAGCAAACUCCUGAGAAGUAUCUGCGACGCCACCAGUCUCGAGCAGCUCGACUUGUCCAGGUCCAUGAGCUUGAGUGCCACACUUCCAGACUGCUUCUUCGAUCUCACCGCGCUCAAGUAUCUGGACCUGUCAGGAAACAUGCUCAUGGGCUCAAUAUCGGACUCCAUUGGAAACUUCAAACGUCUCACUUACCUCAGUCUCGACGGGAAUCAGUUCACCGGUGGAAUACCGUAUGGAAUCAGCGACCUUUCCAGUCUCGUCAUUCUUGACAUGGUGGACAUGUUUGACGAAAAUGCAAGAACUUCCAUCCCUUCGUUUCUUGGAGAGCUCACCAAUCUUCGAGUUCUUCGGCUCAGUGGUCGUGCAUGGCGAGGUGCCAUUCCCAGCAGUAGCAUCCAGAACCUCACCAGCCUGCAGGAGAUGAUAAUUACGACCGCACCUUAUAUUAAUGGGCCGCUUCCUUCCGAGCUUGCUGGUCUCACCACCUUACAGACGCUGAUAAUCACCGGUACAACUGUCUGGGGUAGCAUUCCCUCCGAGCUCGGGAACCUUCCGCAGCUGCGAGUUCUCGACCUCUCAAGCAACAUGCUGUCAGGUAGCAUUCCUCGGAACCUUGGGAGACUUCAGACGCUUCGGGAGCUCCAACUGGCAUCAAACAAUCUUAGUGGAAGCAUUCCCUGGGAGCUUGGAAGUAUUCGCAGAGCUUACCUUGUGAACCUGUCAAACAACUCUUUGUCCGGCCAGAUUCCCGACUCGCUGGCAAACAUCGCCCCAUCAGGAAGUAUUGAUCUCUCCAACAAUCUCUUCACGGGCAGAUUCCCAACAGCUCUCUGCCGCCUGGAGAACGUGAAGCUUAGUAACAACAAGCUUGAAGUACUUGACGGAUGGCCAUCAAUGACUGAAAGGCUCGAGGUGUUGGACAUCUCCAACAACAAUCUCAGCGGGCCGAUACCAAGCUGGCUGUCUCAGCAAAGUGCCUUGGACACGCUGGAUUUGUCGCAGAACAACCUCUCUGGAGACGUUCCAUCCUGGAUAAGCACAGCGACGCGGUUAACGUCACUUAAUCUGUCACACAACCAGCUUACCAACGAGCUCCAGUAUCUGCCGAUGAUCAACAGCGUCGACUUGCAUGCCAACCAGCUCAACGGGUCCUUCACCUUCGACUUCUAUCCCGACUCUCUCGAGCGUAGCUUUCUCUUCUAUUUGGACUUGUCGGAGAAUCAGCUGUCUGGAGCCUUGCCCGCUAGCCUUCCAACGACGACGGGAAGUCACGAGGUAUACUCGUAUCUUUCCUUUCUGUCGCUCGCCAGCAACAGUCUAACCGGAACUAUUCCUUCCGCCUUGUGGUCGAACCUGUCGAGCCUCACUGCUGUAGACUUCUCCAACAAUCACUUCUCCGGAGAAAUCCCGACGGAGCUAGCAGGCCUGGUAGGACUGACGAGUCUCAACCUGUCUCGCAAUGAUCUCUCCGGAGAAAUCCCAACGAGCAUCUCCAACGGCAACGCACUCCAGCUGAUUGAUCUCAGCAGGAACACACUGAACGGGACGAUCCCUCCGGAGAUUGGUGACCUGUAUAUGCUCGAGAUGCUGGAUCUCUCGUACAACCAACUUUCCGGAAGCAUCCCGACCGCACUGGACGACCUUCUCUCGCUCGCGGCUUUUAACGUGUCGGCCAACAAUCUCACCGGAGCUAUUCCUCAAGCCGGGGGCAUCCACAAGUUCCCAGCUUCCAGCUUUGCCAUGAAUCCUGGCCUGUGUGGAACACCUCUGCCACCCUUUGCUGUGCCCAGGAUGAAAGGGACUCCAGGUUGCCACAAGAUGCUUGGCCGACUCAUUCUCCUGCUCGCUCUUUUCACCACCGUGUCACAAUCUUGCGACCCCGAGGAUGCUCGAGCACUUAUAAGUUUUAAGUCCGGUUUCGUCGACACUGCUGCCUCCCUGUUCUCGUGGAAUAACGUCACUGACUGCUGCGGAUGGAGCUGGAUUACGUGCAACAGUGCUGGACGUGUCAACACCCUCAACUUAAGCUCUAUAGCCAUGUUCUUGAGCAACCAGCAAGGCCUGUCCGUCAUCGCAAACACCAUACCGCAGCUCACACAACUGGAAUCCCUGGACCUGUCCAACCUCAACGUCUCCAGUCCGAUUCCCCAAGCCUUGAGUUCCCUGCCCAACCUCAAGCUUCUCGCUAUGAGCAACUGCAGCCUCUUCGGCCAAGUAGCAAGCUCUCUCUCCGAGCUUCCUCCCGGUCUGACGUACCUCGACAUCUCGUACAACCUCUUCGACGAUGGCGAUCCGGAAAGCAUCACCACGCUCUGCAACCUCCGCAGCCUCGAGCACCUCUUCAUGGCGGGACUCCCCGGCUUGAUGCCCUUCAUCCCGUCGUGCAUAUCCCAGUUGUCCAACCUCACCACGCUGGACUUCUCCUCCAAUUCCCUCUCGCAGAGUUUCCCCCAGGAGCUGUCCAACCUCACGAAGAUCACACGCCUGGACCUCAGCAACAACUACUUCUGGGGAAGCCUCGAGCCGCUAUGCUCUUUGAGUGAAGUAACUUACGUCAACCUGGAGCUCGGCUUUGAUCCCACGAACAGCACCACCACUGCUGCUAGUCUGCCCGACUGCAUUGGAAACCUCUCCAAGCUCACGGAGCUCCGCCUCUCAAACUGUUACCUCGUCGGGGAGAUCCCAUCUUCAAUCGGCCAGCUUUCACAGCUUCGCUACCUCGGCCUGGACGGCAACUCCUUCACGACCAGGAUCCCGGACUCUCUCGGCAACCUCACGAACUUGGAAACUCUUGUUCUCAACAGGGACUCCACCGGCGGCGGCUCCAUCUACGGUGACAUCCCGGACUCUCUCGGCAACCUCGUCAACCUCAAGGACUUCGAGCUCUCCAGCGCUCAAGGCGUCACCGGACAGAUCCCCGAGAGCUUCCAAAACUUUGAGAGCAUCGAGACGCUCGUCCUUAGCAACCUUGGCAUCGGUGGCCGGAUUCGCGAGAGCCUCUUCCAGAGAUUCUCCAAGCUCGAGUUCCUGGACCUGUCCCAGAAUUUUCUCAUCGGCGCGAUACCAUCGUCGCUAGGCGCCAUGGCUUCCCUCGAGGAGAUCUAUCUCUACAGCAACAACCUCAACGGCUCCAUCCCCGACGCCAUCGCCAAUCUCACCCGCCUCGCGACGCUGGAUCUCUCCAGCAAUCACCUCGAUGGCCAAAUCCCCGGCCCAGCGAUCGCGCAGCUCACGGGGUUGCAAGUGAUGGAUCUCUCCGCGAACGAUCUCACCGGAAAUAUUCCAUCGGAGCUCGCGGAUCUCGGCCAGCUCGCGACGCUCGAUCUGUCCUGGAACCAGCUCUCCGGAGUGAUCCCGCCCGAAAUCCACGAUCUCUCAUCGCUGGAGUACUUCAGCGUCGCGAACAACAAUCUCUCCGGCCCCAUCCCGGCGGAGCUCGGGAGCUUCGAUGCCUCGUCCUUCGAGGACAAUGCCGGACUGUGUGGAUUCCCGCUAGAUCCGUGCUCCAGCUAGAGAUGAUCCCGGCCAGAGAUGGAGAAUAACCAGCAUAGCAUCGGCGCUUACCGCUCGCUCAGCGCUUCUUUCUUCCAAGAACCCUAGAAAUAGAAUCAAUCCUUGUCCGCCGCCUAAAACAUUUUUGCUCUGCGACUCCUCCAUAAUCUUUGAUGCAUACAUUUCGUGGAUGAAGGCAUAGCGUGCGAUCAAU